GAGCGCUGCGAGCGGCCCCGUGUGCACAUGUGGAGGAGCGGCGGCAGCCCCAGCCCCAGGGCAGCGGCCUGAGACGCCCUCUAAGGCCGCGGUGGUCCCUAGCGAAUCGUGCCCGGCCUCCAGCCCGGAGGCGGUGGCGGCAACGGCUGAGGAGGCGGAGGCCGGUGUGUGGAGUAGGGUCGCUCCCGGGCUCGGGGCGCGGCGGCGGCGACGGCGGCGGGAUCGGCGGUAAAGACGGCCACGGCAGGCGGGGAAGAUGAAAGGUAGCCGGAUCGAGCUGGGAGACGUGACACCACACAACAUUAAGCAGUUGAAGAGGUUAAACCAGGUCAUCUUUCCAGUCAGCUACAAUGACAAAUUCUACAAGGAUGUGCUGGAGGUUGGCGAACUAGCAAAACUUGCUUAUUUCAAUGAUAUUGCAGUGGGCGCAGUAUGCUGUAGGGUGGAUCAUUCACAGAAUCAGAAAAGACUUUACAUCAUGACACUAGGAUGUCUGGCACCUUACCGAAGGCUAGGAAUAGGAACUAAAAUGUUGAAUCAUGUCUUAAACAUCUGUGAAAAAGAUGGCACUUUUGAUAACAUCUAUCUACAUGUCCAGAUCAGCAAUGAGUCAGCAAUUGACUUCUACAGGAAAUUUGGCUUUGAGAUCAUUGAGACGAAGAAAAACUAUUACAAGAGGAUAGAACCGGCGGAUGCUCAUGUGCUACAGAAAAACCUCAAAGUUCCUUCUCUUGGCCAGAAUGCAGAUGUGCAAAAGACCGACAACUGAACAAAUUACGAAUGAACUUUCUUGCACUUGCUUGUCGCCAAAUAAAAGAGAGGCCCUUUGAUUUCUCUUCCCUCCUCCCCCUUUUAAAAUCUUUUUUUCCCCCCCUUCUUAACCUUAUUUCUCUUUCUCUCCUUUGUUCCUUUCCCUCCAAAAUUUUAAUACUUCUUCCAAGGACUGUAAAAUUAAUCAUGUUUGGGUUUUUUGUUUGUUUGGGUUUUUUCUUUUCUUUCUUUCUUUUUUUUUUUUUUUUUUGUGAGGGUUGGGUGGGUAAAGGGUGGAAGAGGUAUCUUAUCUCUUUUAGUUUUACAGUUGGAGGGGAUAGAUGGUCCUAAAAAAAUUGGAUGUCAUAAUUUCAGAUUUACUUUUGAGUGAUUUUUAUGUCCUGCUUUCACAUUGAAGGGCAGAUAUUAACAAAUUGUUUGUGUAUUUCUCUUUUCUCCUUCUCCCCUCCCAAAAUAGCAAUAUCUUGUCCUCUAAUUCACAGACAAGUUUUGUGUGUUUGUGGUGUUUGGGAUUUAAAAAAAAAAAAAUCUGUGGGAUACUUAAUCCCCUGAAACAUUGCCUUGCACUCCACCUUUCAACCCUUCUGAGAUAUUUCUCAGGAGUUUGGAGCAUUGUUAACCCUGUAAGAAAUAUUAAGCUUGAUCCAUUUUUUUUUUUUAAAGCAAAUAUUUCCCCCUAAUCUUUGAAAGGGGGUGAAAAGUGUUAAGUCCUUUGGUCUCAGUAUUUUUGAGUUAAGCUUCUCUGCUUUUGCUGAUGAGUGGACUGGUUGUCUUGCAGGCUUAUCCUACCUGCUGCUGAUUGUUACUAGUGGCAUUAUUUUUGGUGUAUGUGGGCUGGUAAGAUGUGAAUGAAGUUCUUACAUCCCAGCUAAGUAUGUUUUCCUUAAUUGACCUAAAAGGUUUGGUGUGACUCGCUUUCCUAUUUUCUGCAAACACCUUGUCUGCUUUUGGAAUCCUUGACAGUGGUCAGUCCCAGCCUUGGAAUUGAGCGAACACCCUUAUAUAUAAGUCAAUCCUAAAUUAAUCUGGAUGUGCAGAUACUUGGGUUAUUAAGGGACUGCUCAUCAUUUAUUCACAAUAUCUGAAGUGAGGUUUAGAUGGGCUUAUGCAUGAUGGUCUGUGCAUUUGUCAGCUUUCCCCCCCCCUUAAAAUUCAGCUGAUGCAAACUCCUAAACCUGUGGCCACUGGGAUUUGAGGUGCAGGGCAAAGAAUGUGUGCAAAUAAUUGUUCUGAGAAUUAUAUCACAGGAAUCCUAUGCUUACCCAUAACCUACCAGGAAACAUCCCAAAUUUGCUUACACCAUGUGCCUGCCUUGUUUUUGUUACAGGACAUUAGGGAAUGGAGGUGUUAAACAUGUUUCUACUCUUGAAAAUUGUUCUCCUAGAAGGUGUUAAAUAAUGCAAAUGUCACUGUGACUGCUUCUGCCCACUGAACUGGUUUUAUGCCAUAUCAUUUUAUGGCAUGUAAAAAGAGGAUAUUGACUGGUUGACUAUAAUACAUUAUUUUUGUGCUAACCAAGAGCUAUGGGAAAUAGGUCUAUGAAAAUUAGAAUAUUUGCACAUGAUUUCAUGCUUCCCUCAUGAUCCUACUCCCUAUAUAUUUUAAUUUUGAGUUGCCAAUGUUGAUGCUUAAUAAUGCAAAUGUUAUUAUUUAGACUCUUGGAGAUAUAAUACAUAGGGUUUGAACUGUUUGUCCUUUGUUUUUAAGGAUACAGUCGAAUUAUAUUUUUGUCCUUUUAUGUAAAGUUUUUACACAUUUGAAGAGGUGACAGAUUCCACAGGUCCUUUGUCACACAUUUCAUAGCCAUCUGUUCAAGAGAUACUGUAUGAAAUCAUAACUUUAUUCACCUAGGAUCAUCUUGGGUGCCAUAAUUAAAUGCUACCAAAAAGGAAGAUCCUUAAUGAGAGUACUGAUUCUAGUCAUUGACCACACACUGGAUAUCUACAAAUGAGUUCCUGAUCCACAGUCUACAGCAACUUAAAGCCUAAGUUGUGCAUAAAAGAGGCCCUAAUAUUCAUAUGUAGAUAAAAUUCAGAUUAUGGUUAUUAAGAAAACUGACUGUUUGAGCUGUAAAACAUUCAGAUCACAGAACUUCAGGUUUUUUGUAAGCUUCCAGAAUUCAGUAUAGAUUGUAAUAUGUAUAUGACUAAUCUGAGAUAAUUUUACUCCUCAUUUCUAAAACAGUGAACCAUCAUUACUUCUGUGAAUGUGUCCCUAAAAGUGGUUAUUGACAAACUAUAUGAAAGAGGAGUUGUCUCACUGUGAACCACAAGUACAUAUAUAAAGGGGAAAGAAAAAACCCAAGUUUAAUAUAUAAGUAACCUCUUGUAGGGACAGUUUCCCUCUGCUUCCUCUUCCUCCCCCCCCCCCCCCCCCCCAGUUUAAUUUGAAAGCUUUCAUAAUAGAAAAUUUUGAGGGGAAGUAAAAGAGGCAGUAUUGGUCGUGAAAUUGGUAUUGAUAUCAAAUUUGUCCACUGAGGGAGAGGCCAAUUUGAGAGAAAAGGAAGUAAAGAAUGGUUCUUAGUGAGAUCAACAGAAGGCUGAAAUGCAGUGUCCAGUAUGGAACUAUUAUUUGGGUACGUAAUAAAAUAUUACCUCUGGCAUUUAGUAAGAAAGGAGGAAUCCCAUUAAUUGGAAAAUCACCAAAAAACAUCCAUUAGUGCUUUAACAGUUACAAAUUUAUAUAGGAUCUUAAUCAAAGUUUCCAGGGGGAAGAGCAUGCAAAGAAAAAUCUAUGCAAAUAACAUUCAUUCAGAUAGAGAUUGUGAGGAAAAUUGCUGUCAAAUUUUCCCAGCAACUUAGUCACCAGUUGAAACAAUAAAGAAUAUGUUGUCCAUACACACAAAUACCAGGAAACUGUGCUGCAGGGCAGUGGGAAAGAAAAGCUCCCUCAUUUUUGGGGAGGGAAUAACUUUUUAAAAAUACUUAAGUGGCUGAGUUUACUUGGUGCAGUUAAGGAUUAAACCUGUCAAUUUUAACAUGACAUUGCUGUUACAUCUGAAAUAAACUUAAGUGAUGUUUUGUUCUGGUA